UGCCUGCACUCUACGACUUCCAGCAGGGCUUUAAAUGGAGCGGAGUGCUUGGCCUGCCGCGCUAAUCUCAGUUUGACACUCACUACCUCGCAUCUGGAGUACCCCCCAGCUCAACCCCAAGCCCACUUCAUCUGUCUCUUUGGAAUAUUUGCGUUCGCGACCCGGCGAAGCUGGGGCCGGGAAAGCGGCGCUGUGGUUUGGCCGCCUUCCACCUGUUGCUCCUCACUGACUGUUUUUUUAGUGUUUGAUUGCCUGAGCGUGCGCCCUGGCUGUUACGGGAGCGAGAGCUGAGGACUCAGCAGGAAAAGAGGAGAGCAGUCACCAUGCUGCGAGACGUCGGAUCCAAUAUUUUGGAAUUCUACAACGACCUGCUGUCCAAAUGCGACCCCCGGGUCAAAGACUACCCGUUGGUGCACUGUCCCCUGAAAAUGACCAGCCUCUUGGUGGGCUACGUCAUCUUCGCCGUCUACUUGGGGCCUCGCCUAAUGGCCAACCGCAAUCCCUUCCACCUCAACACGGCCAUGGUGGUCUACAACUUUGGCAUGGUCGCCCUCAACGCUUUCCUCGUGUACGAGUUCCUGAUGUCUGGAUGGGGCACCACCUUCACGUGGAAAUGUGAUCUUAUUGAUCCCUCCAGGAGUGCGCAGGCGCUUCGGAUGGUGCGAGUGGGUUGGUUGUUUUUCUUUUCCAAGUUCAUCGAACUUCUCGACACGGUAUUCUUUGUGUUGAGGAAGAAACAAAAUCAAAUCACUUUUCUCCACGUGUUCCAUCACUCUGUCAUGCCCUGGUCGUGGUGGUGGGGUGUCAUGCUGACUCCUGCCGGCGGUAUGGGCUCCUUCCACGCCAUGGUGAACGCCACGGUCCACGUCAUCAUGUACACGUACUAUGGGCUGGCGGCGGCCGGGCCGCGCUUCAAAAAGUUCCUGUGGUGGAAGAAGUACAUGACCGCCAUCCAGCUGACGCAGUUCAUCGUAGUGUCGGUGCACAUCAGCCAGUACUACUUCAUGGAGAAAUGCGACUACCAGAUGCCCCUGUGGAUCCACGUGAUCUGGAUGUACGGUGUACUCUUCUUCAUGCUCUUCUCCAACUUCUGGCUGCAGGCCUACAUCCGGGGCAAACGGCUGCCCGUCGCCCAACUCAAGGGCGGGGGUGACCGGGCCCCACCCAGCCCCCCGCUGGCUAACGGCACCCACCAACACAACGGCAAUGCCAGCGGCGACCAGAACAACCGCCACCAGCACAGCCACACCAAUGGCAAUCUGCAAUUGAGCAAAGUAAAGGAGAUCUAACUUUUUUUGGGGGACCCUGAUCAUGUCUCAGUGACUCUACCGUACUACUACAGCUAUAGAAUAACCAAUUCCUUUCAUAUCCGUCUUCCGUUCCAUGUACUAGUAAGAUCUUUGUCCUCCUCGUAAGACAUUUCAGCACACUAGUACAAUGACUAGUAAAACAAAAUUCUGCUACUAGUGACACAAUUGGCCUACUAAUCCCACAAUUAAAGCUUCCCUAGUAAGCUAUUUGGCCCCACUAGUUAUUAUGUGUCAUGCACUAGAAGGCUCUUGGACCAUACGACCCACCGGCACCAAAAUGGCCCCUCGUAGUUUGCAUCACGUUAUCAGCCUUCUCAAGUCCACAACUUGACGUUGUCCAACUGGUGUGCUGAAAUUUCCUUAUUCAGUCGUUUAUUUGAUAGGAGUGUACUAGUGAACUCCUGUGUUGCACUAGUAACACUACUCAAACUUUUUUUUUUUUUAACCCUGAAGGCAUCUAUGGAAAGCCAAUUGAGCAGCCUUGAUAUCCAGCUGUACUCGUACUUUCCUGUCCACAUUCGCAAGACAUUGGCACUAGCACCAAAGUGUCUUAGUCUGAGGACAAAGAGCGUACUUGUACACUGAGGAAUAAAGACUCAAAAUGGCUUUGCUGACAGUCUAGUCUGUUUUGAUUCACAUUGUUGGGACAUGUUAUCAUAUGAAUGGCUUGUUUUGUUUUCUUUUGUUUUUGUCAGUGAUCUUGUGUGUUUUUGUGGCCUCACUGUGAAGUUUGGUGCUCCAUUUUCUCACGGGUUGUGUUCCUUCAUUGCGGAUUUGCGCUCCGCUAGUACCACGUUAGGCCGACACCAACCUCGUAUCAUGCCGUUUUCACUGAAGACUAGCACGUGUAAAUAACCUUGAAAAACGCUUUUCAUUUGUACAUGUUGAAUUUAUAGAUUUUUGUUGUUUGAUUAUUUAUCUUUUUGAAAUAAACACAUUUUAGAUAUCAA